AUGUCUUACGUAGAUUCCCCAACAUCCCCGGGCGGCAUGUCCUCCCGCCGCCUUACGAACAGAAACACAAACCGCUACAGUGUCACGGCCCUGUUCAGCAUGGCAGCCGAGCAGGAUGUCGAAGUUGAGGACGAUUUGGCCAGAGCUCAAAAGCGGUUACGAGAUCUCAAGGGCAAGAUUUCUGCUCAGUCCAAGAAGAAUUUCGUCCUCGAACGAGACGUCCGAUACCUCGACUCCAGAAUCGCCCUGUUGAUUCAGAACCGGAUGGCCUUGGACGAGCAACGAGAAGUCGAGAGGACCUUGGAAGAAGUCGAUCCUACCGAAGGCCAUUAUCCUGACGACCGCAAACUGCAGCAAUACUCCAACCUCUUCUUCCUGUUGCAAUCAGAACCCCGACAUAUCGCGGCACUCUGCAGACUCGUUUCCCUGUCUGAAAUAGACACGCUCCUCCAGACUGUCAUGUUCACGCUCUAUGGAAACCAGUACGAGAGCAGAGAAGAGCAUCUGCUGUUGACCAUGUUCCAAUCAGUUCUUUCCGCGCAGUUCGAGACGGCAACAGAGUUCGGUUCUCUGUUGCGAGCCAAUACCCCAGUGUCGCGCAUGAUGACCACCUACACCCGUCGCGGUCCCGGCCAGAGCUAUCUGAAGAGCGUCCUUGCGGAGCGGAUAAACAGUCUCAUCGAGCACAAGGAUCUCAAUUUGGAAAUCAAUCCUGUGAAGGUCUACGAGCAAAUGAUCAACCAGAUUGAGGAGGAGACCGGGUCGUUACCUCCAAACCUUCCCCGGGGUGUCCCUCCGGAGGUCGCAGCGGAGAAUCUCGACGUUCAAGCAAUCAUUGCACCCAGGUUGACAAUGUUGAUGGAGAUCGCCAAUAGUUUCCUCGUCACCAUCAUUGAGAGUAUGGAGAGCGUUCCCUAUGGUAUUCGGUGGAUCUGCAAACAGAUUCGCAGUCUGACAAGGCGUAAAUACCCAGAAGCCACUGACUAUGCCAUCUGCUCGCUCAUCGGCGGUUUCUUCUUUUUGCGAUUCAUUAAUCCUGCUAUUGUCACGCCGCAAGCGUACAUGCUUGUCGACGGAGUCCCGGCCAAGCAUCCUCGGCGAACGCUGACAUUGAUCGCCAAAAUGUUGCAAAACUUGGCCAACAAGCCGUCGUACGCCAAAGAAGCCUACAUGAUGACCCUUAAUCCUUUCGUGGAGAACAACAAGGCCCGGAUCAACCAGUUCUUGAACAACCUUUGCGAAGUGGGAGACUUUUACGACACCCUCGAAAUGGAUCAAUACAUGGCCCUUUCCAAGAAGGAUUUAAUGAUUCACAUUACUCUUAACGAAUUAUACAACACGCAUUCAUUAAUUCUUCAGCAUAUUGAAACUUUGUCGCCUAAUGAUAAACAGCACCUGCGAAUCCUCACCGACGAAUUGGGCCCUGCACCAGCCCAAGUACCACGAAAAGAGAACAGGACAAUUGAACUGCCUCUUUACAGUCGAUGGGAAACCCCGAUCCAGGAUAUCCAGACGGCAUUGAUGGACUCAGUAUCAUCGAGCGAUAUGCUUUACAUGGAAACGAAGUCCAUUUUCGUUCAGCUCAUUCGAUCCCUCCCCGGCGUCGCCGACAAGCAGCCCUACAACCUUCCCGCCAUCGCCGAGCGCGCAGCCACGACGAAGGACGCUGUUCUUGUUCGGAAAGGUAUCAAGGUCAAAGAGAUGCUUCGCGAACUCGAAGAGCUCAAGGUCGUAGAUGCCGCCGACAACUACAACCUGAUGCAAGAAGAAAUCUCUGCUGAGCUUGUUCACCUCGGAAACCUUCGGGAAAAGGUUAUCGCAGAGACCAAGUCGCUGGAUGCUGUGUACAAGACCAUCUGUGAUCACAACAAUUACCUGCGUUCACAGCUGGAGCAGUACAAGGCGUAUCUGCAAAAUGUGCGGCUUAAUGCGUCGAAGGACAAGGGUAGUACCACGGGGGUCGGUGUCGUGACAGUUGGCGGGAAGGAACGGAAACCCCAGAAGGCGGUCGUACUGGGUCCGUACCGGUUCACCCAUGCUCAACUGGAGAAGGAGGGUAUCAUUGUGGAAAGUAAUGUUCCCGACAACCGACGCCCGAAUAUCUACUUCAACAUUACCUCUCCUAGUCCGGGAACCUUCAUCAUUGCUCUCCAUUACAAAGGGCGGGAGAAGGCUAUCCUUGAAAUGGAUCUCAAGAUUGAUGACCUACUGGAAAAGCAAAAGGACAACAAGCACUUACUCGACCUCGAAUACGUCCAACUCAACGUUCCCAAAGUACUCGGUCUAUUGAAGAAGGUGUUUGCCAAGCGAUAA